ACUCACUCUGCGCGCCACCCGGGAAGGUGGCUUACGGCCAUGGCCGCGGCGAACCCCUGGGACUCGGCUACCGCGCCAAACGCUGCUGGGCUACUGCUGGGCCACUUUAUUACAUCGAAGUUGGUCACUGAGGAGAUGUUAAAUAUAUCUAAGAAAUCAACUUCUUGCUUUGUGAACUUCUCCAGACUACAGCAGAUCACAGAUAUUCAAGCUGAAAUCUACCAGAAAAACCUGGAAAUUGAACUCCUAAGCCUAGAAAAAGAUGCUGCAGAUGUUGUCCAUCCUUCCUUUUUGGCUCAGAAGUGUCAUAGUCUGCAAAGCAUGAAUAAUCAUUUGGAAGCAGUGCUAAAAGAAAAGCGGUCCCUCAGGCAAAGACUGUUGAAACCCAUGUGCCAAGGAAACUUGCCUAUUGAAGCUGUUUAUCACAGAUACAUGGUACAUUUGCUGGAAUUGGCAGUAACUUUCAUUGAGCGAUUAGAAGAUCAUCUUGAAACAAUUAGAAAUAUCCCUCAUUUAGAUGCAGAUCUAAAGAAAAUGAGCACAGCUUUAGCAAAGAUGGAUAUAUUGGUGACUGAGACAGAAGAACUGGCAGAGAAUAUACUCAAGUGGCGAGAACAACAAAAGGAAGUUUCCUCUUAUAUCCCCAAAAUAUUAGCUGAAAAAAAUUCUCUUCAUAAACAUGAUGUUAUAGUGCCUCCUUUACCUCUUACUUCUAAAGUUAAUGUUCAAACUAUUAAUGCCAAGUAAUUAUCAACUGUUUAUUUUUAUUUAAUUAUAUGUAAUUGUGUGAAGCCCAUUUCUAGUCAAUUAUAACACAGGUAUUUAUAGACUUUGCCACUAGCCAAACUGAAAGAGCCCUCUUUAUAUUGAAAUACUAAGAUUCCAAGUUCAUUAAGACAAAGCUGAGUUUUCUUUUGUUUUCCAUGUAUUUUUAUUCCACUUUUCAGUAAAGCUCAAAUAUAAAUAUGGCAGUUUAUUAACAUGAGUGCAUUAAUCAUAUCUUAGGUAGCAGACUUUAUUAUGUUUUUUAAAAAUGCAUGUUUUUGAAUUAGAAGAGUCUAGAAUCUCAAAGUAUGUUGAUUAUUCCUGUGGGAUUGUCACUAAGUGUGCAGAAGAAUAACAGCAGAUCAAAGGCCUGCUUGUAAAGUUGGACCUUGGCUGGCAUCUGGAAACUUAGAUUCCAAGAGGGUUCCCUCCACUCUCGUCAGUUAAGAGUUGCUUGCUAUGACUAAGGUGUUUGUACAGUGUGGUUUGUGCUAACACAUGCCUUCUUCCUGGGAAUCUAGAAUUUGCAUAUAUGCUAGGAAGGAUGUACCUAUGUGAAUAGCCCACAAUAACAACCCUGGCACAGCUUGUUUCUUUGUUUUGUAUUGUUUUGGCCCUGCUGUGUGGCUUGUGAGAUCUCAGUUCUCCAGCCAGGUAUUGAACCCGGGCUGUUGGCAGUGAAAGCAUGGAGUCCUGAUCACUGAACUGCCAGGGAAUUCCCUGGCGCUGCAUCUUUUGUUUUUGUUUGUUUGUGGCACUGCAUCUUUAAUGAGGUUUUAUGGUAGACAACCUUUCACACAUGUCACAAUUCAGUUGCUGGAGGAAUUAAGCACAUCCUGUGGGACUCUAUUGGCAGAGGACUCUGGAAGUUUGUGCCUGGUUUCCCCCCAGACUUUGCCCUGUACACCUUUCGCUUUGCUCUUUUGCUUUGAAUGCUUUUGCUGGAGUAAAUUAUAGCCAUGAAUACAGUGAUAUGCUGAGUCCUAUGAGUCCUCCGAGCAUCUCAUCAAACCAGGGUGGCAGGGAAAGGGGUUUAUGGGGACCCGACAUAUGAAGCAGUUCCAGAGGGUAUUCACUGGCAGCCUUAGAAACAGGCCAAAAA